AUCAAAGAAAGUGCAUCACAAACAAGGGAUGUCCUCAAACAUCAUUUCAGUGAUUUAAAGGGAACACUUGGGAAGCUCCUGGAUGAGCGAUUGGUGACCCUUUUGCAAGAGGUGGACACCAUUGAGCAGGAGACCAUUAAGCCCCUGGAUGACUGCCAGAAGCUCAUAGAACACGGAGUUAACACUGCGGAGGACUUGGUUCGAGAAGGUGAAAUCGCAAUUCUUGGUGGUGUAGGAGAACACAAUGAAAAACUGUGGAACUUUACCAAAAAGGCCUCACACAUUCAGUUGGACAGCUUACCAGAAGUGCCUUUACUGGUUGAUGUGCCUUGUUUAUCUGCUCAGUUGGACGACUCAAUUCUUAACAUAGUAAAAGACCACAUUUUUAAGCAUGGAACGGUAGCAUCACGCCCACCAGUGCAGAUAGAAGAACUAAUAGAAAAACCUGGAGGCAUCAUAGUUCGAUGGUGUAAGGUGGAUGAUGACUUCACAGCACAAGAUUACAGGCUCCAGUUCCGUAAAUGUACUUCAAAUCAUUAUGAGGACGUAUACGUGGGUUCUGAAACUGAAUUCAUAGUACUGCACAUCGAUCCCAAUGUUGAUUAUCAGUUCAGAGUGUGCGCCCGAGGAGAUGGCCGGCAGGAGUGGAGUCCUUGGAGCGUCCCCCAGACAGGUCAUUCCACAUUGGUACCUCACGAAUGGACAGCUGGCUUUGAGGGCUACAGCCUGAGCAGUCGAAGAAAUAUAGCACUCCGGAACGACUCGGAAUCCUCAGGAGUUCUCUACUCCAGCGCUCCAACCUAUUUCUGUGGACAGACAUUAACGUUCAGAGUGGAAACUGUGGGACAGCCAGACAGGAGAGACAGUCUAGGAGUCUGUGCAGAAAAACAGAAUGGAUAUGACUCUCUCCAACGGGAUCAAGCUGUGUGCAUUAGUACAAAUGGUGCAGUUUUUGUGAAUGGAAAAGAAAUGACCAAUCAGUUGCCUGCAGUUACUUCCGGAUCCACUGUCACAUUUGACAUCGAAGCUGUGACGUUAGGAACCACCAGUAAUGGUGAAGGCGGGAACUUCAAGCUCCGAGUAACUAUUAGCUCAAGUAACAGAGAAGUGGUUUUUGAUUGGCUGCUCGAUCAGUCUUGUGGCUCUCUUUACUUCGGAUGCUCAUUUUUCUACCCCGGCUGGAAAGUGUUAGUGUUUUAGGUUCUCGGAUGCUCGGCUUUGGUUUGCCGGAUGUAGGAGGGUUGCCUUCAGCUCAGUUUAGUUGUAAUUAAUUAAGAGACAGUUGAAUUCAUCUCUUAGUUGCCCCAUUGGAAAUGGAAAGUGUUUACUGGAUUCAUUUUGUGAUAUUUUAGCAAUAAGAGACGUGAAUGUUCCUGACAAAACCAUAAUUUAGUCAGUUUCGUUGUUAGCAUACUGUCAGUUGAAAUAGCACAGCACCAUAAAAUUCAGAGUGCCUUUACAAGUAUUAGAUGUGGGAAGUGCUAUACCCUUCUCCCGUACUUUUCUUAGAAUUGGCUGUUAAGACAGAACAACGUAAUGUAAAAUUACUUUAUUAAUACUCUAUAAACUUUUAGUGUAGAAUAAGAACAGACCAGAUGGAAGCCAGUGUUGUGUAAAUGCAUUCCCUCCUGUGCACUCCACGAGUGUGUUGACUUUGCUAUUUUGUACAGAUUUCUUUUUUUUUCAGCGUUGAUGUAGGGUGCAUGUGUUUGCCAGAGAGAGAGAGAGAGAGAGAAAUCGCCCCACCUUCCCCAGGGGGAUUUGGCCAUGCUGCCGUUUCUCCAUCCUCUUGGGAUUUGGGGGCACACAUGCAUGUGCGCCUGCUGUGAUUGUCAAGCCAGCAGAUCUAGGACUUGAACUGCGAAGUUGGCCACAUGGGAUCUAGCUGCCUUAAUCUCCACGCCUCCUGCUGGAUCCAUGCACAGGUAUUUUUAAGCAGUGUUGACUUUUAUGCUAUGUUUAAUAAUCUUUAAGUUCCAAAAGCCUUAUAAUUGUUGUGUUUCUUUCUUUUUCUUGUUUUGCUGGAGGGCACGUGUGCUCAUCCGAGAGACAGAGGAGAAAACGCUCCCCCAUAGUGAAUGGCCACACCGCAGUCCUUCUCUUUCAUCUCUCCCUCCUUUCAAGUACACGUGCCUAGACUGUUUCUGAAGUCACCUUGUCCAUGACUUGAACCAGGCAGUUGGUCAUGUGGGAUCUGACUGCUUUAACCACCAUGGCCACAGAGCAAAUCUAAAUGUUUGUAUUUUGUAGAGCUUUUUGCCUUAGGGCAUAUGUGCUCACUGGAGAGAGAGAGAGACAAUGAGAGGGAUAGUAAGAAACCACCCCCCCAAGGGGGAUGGCCACACCACAACCCCUUCUCCAUUCUCCUCCUGGGAU